AUGCAAGAAGAAUUGAGCAUUUUGCAACAAAAUGUGUUAGAGCGAUACCGCAAAUUGGCUGAAGUGUUGCAUUCAUUAGACGAUACCUUCAAACAAUUCAAUGACACUGACAAAGAACACGUUUCAUCUGAAGUAGUGUUGCAACAAAUGAGAGAGAUUGAAGUCAAGAUUGGAUUAGUGGGAACGCUGUUGAAAGGAAGUGUUUACUCGUUAAUUUUACAACGAAGGCAAGAACUGGAACGCGAAGGGAGCUAG